AUGGGCAAGGAAGCUCGAGUGGCGCUAUAUGCUCCGUCUGCGUUGGCUCCAUACGUGUCGCUGCCGAGCACAUUCGGCGGAACUACAUUGUACUACUCCGGCACGACCGUCUCGGGCACGAGCACUUGGGUUAGCACGGCACUGAAAGGAUACACCCCCAAAUCAAUCGGUCCUCUAACAACCUACCCCACUCCCGCGCCGACCUCAGCAAUCAUCUUAUUUUCCAACAAAGAGCCCGCUGCCUCAAUCUUGGCAGCAGCGGUACCUCUGAAUGCAACCGUGACUCCAAUUCCCAAUGGCGCCUGGAGCGGUUCGGCGUCCACAUUCAGCACCUCCACCAUUUCCAGCCGCAGCAGUGCCACGCACAGCCAUCCAGCCCAAACAAUAACCCAGACGCCCACUCCAGCACCCUCCACUGGCCUCUCCACAGGCGCCAAGGCAGGUAUAGGCGUCGGCGUCGCAGGUGGGGUGAUCGCUGCUGCGGCGCUCACUGCACUCUUCGUGAUCCUACGCCGUCGGCGCAAUAAAGAGCAACCCACCAUCAACAACUACUCAGCCUUUCCCGAAAAAUCAGCAGCCUGGACAGCUCCUCUACCCGACUCGCCGCCAAAUAGCGGAGAGUACUACCAUCACUCAAGUUUCCCCGCGGCGAUAUACGAGGUCGGUGCGUCACCGGGAGAAGAGGAAGGGGUGCGGAAGGCUAUAAGUCCGCCGCAGCCGGGUUGGGAGCUGGAUGGGGAGGGCGCGAGUGAGAUGGACGGGGAGGGGGUGAUUAGUGAGAUGGAUGGGCGAGAGCCCGCGGGUGGCGAGGGAGGACGGUACGCUACCUAG